GCGGGAUCGGGGUCGAAGCCCGCGACGUUCCGCCGAGGUGAACACCGCCAUGCCCUUGCGUCCACGAAACCCAAGCCAGGAUCCCGCAAACGCCGAGAUGACGGUCCAUACUCUUCGCAAAUCAUGACUCCACCAUGCUGUAUACCAAGCCGCUCCUCAGCCCCCCCGUCCUUCACCGAACGAACCUCCCCGACAAAUUCACGCGAAUCCCGAGCCGCCGGACACAUGCGCGGGUCCCCUGGGCUGAUAUAUACGAUAACUUAGGUUCUGGAGGUGCCACGGGCGAGUACUGAAGAUUCCGAGGCGUCGAACAGCUGCCAGACGGUUUCCGGAUGAACGUCACCGUGACGAGGUUCUCGGGGUCAUUGAG